UUGCAUAUUUGGUCUAUUAUACAGUGCAUUUAUAUCUGGUCUUUGCACAGACUUGUCUAUGCUAUAAAGUGCGUAAUUCUGUGUCAAAUGGAUAAAAUAUUGUAAAUGGAAAAUGAUAGUGCGUCUGUUGAACCAACUGUCAAUUUUAAAUUUAUUUUUUGCAAUUAAUGCUAGUUUAGCCAUACAUUGUGAAGGGAAUCACAUUGGUGACAAUUGCAAGUACUGCAAAGACGGUUUCUAUGGUUUAAGCUGUGAACGUUUAUGCAACACAAAAUGCAAGGCAUGCCAUAGUCAAACCUAUUGCUAUUCAUGUAAAAAUGGAUUUUACGGUACGAAUUGCCAGUUAUUAUGUCCUGACACAUGUCAACAGUGUGUGUUUUCUUCUAAAUGCACAAUGUGCAUUCAUGGAUAUUUCGGUGAAAAAUGUGAACUAAUGUGCAAUGGACACUGCUUUAAUAGACAAUGCGACAAAAACACAGGAAUCUGUGAUAAAUGUUCAGAUGGCUUUUUUGGACAAAACUGUUCUCGAAAUUGCUCUAGUGGAUGCAUGGCAGGUGUGUGCGAAAGACUGAGUGGAACAUGCCAUUACGGCUGUCAUUACGGACAUACCGGUUUGAAUUGCUGUCCUUCAGGCUUUGCCGGCAUACAUUGCAGAGAGAACUGUUCUGAAAACUGUCGUAUUUGCUCUUCGUUAAGCGUGUGCGACAUGUGUAAAGCGGGUUAUAAUGGAAACAAGUGCGAAUUAGAAAACAAUGAGGUGGUCACCUUUGGUGAAUGGAAGAUUGCAGUGGUAACAAUUACAGUCGGUGUCGGCGUUAUAAUCAUUUUUGUCAUUUUGGUGGCCGCCGGACGUUAUAUGAAGCGACGUCAAGAACAAAACGAGCUCGAAACACUGCAAAUGAAUGAAAUAAGUAUGACUGGAAUACACUGCUCAAAUGCAACUGAAGGGUCCAAUUACAACUUCCUAAAUGACAGCCGCGACAUACACCAAUAUGAGGAAGUGCUCUAGAACAAAGUUGUUUUAAAACUUCCCACAUUUCUAUGCAGGUGUAUAACAAGCUGCACGCAUUUGGGAUGUGUUUAGCCAUGUUACGGAAAUGUAAUUCACGAAUGGCAUAAACAUUAUACAUUUUUAACAAGUGGUUUACCCAUGAGUGUAGUUACACUUUUCAGUAAGUCACAUCGCGAGUGAAAUAAAUAUUCAAGCAUUCACGGAAAGAAUUGUAUAUCCUUCUUUCAUAUAUGUUUUAUGACAUUGAAUUACGCGAGAGAUGUCGCACGUUAGUGUAUUAUGACGUCAUAAAAUGGACUUUAUUAAUAAUUCAAAUAUUGAUUCGUAUUAGUUUUGUGGGACUAAAAAGGGAAACACACUAUUUAAUCCUCUUAACAUUAAAAUGUGUUUCCUUUGUUUGGUUGCUUUUCUUAUUGAUAAAUACAUCAUUGUAAAUAAUGAACAUGCAUUCAUACAUGGCAAUAAAAGUAAUUGCAACUGGA